AUGGCCAAUGAGCAAAAUUCCGAAACCGGCGCAACUCCGUCGUCCAACGAUGUAGUGUACGACUCACGCCGCAAAUACAGUCCACCCACUUCAUGCCAACUCAGCAUCGACGCCUGGUGGCACAUAACCCACGCAAACCUAUCCACCGGCGACAUCUUCCGCCUAUCCCGUGUGAACCAGGCGCUGUGGUCCCUCCUCCUACACCGCUGCUCUGUGCUCGACGCCCAGUCCCAGGCGUCCGAGUUCCUGCAACGGCCAUGCGCUCUAUAUACCGCCAUACGGCAGUGCCGAGCCCUAUCCGUUAUAGAAGUCAUCGUGCGGGCCUACGUCUCGGUUGCUCCAUUUCUCAUCGAGGCGCCUCCGUCCGGGAGCUUCUGGGAGCCGUCGCUGCAUCUAGCGGUGCGGAUAAACCGCUUCGACGUCGUGGACCUACUCUUGAGGUCGCACUGCGAUGUCAAUAUUCGCUGGUCUGGUCCUUGGGGAGAGUGCCCAAGCGGGGCGCACCGCUCGUGCGGAGCUGCGAGGGUUCGGUGUAGGAAUGCGCUUUGUGUGGCUAGGCUCGCUGGCAAUGAGGCGAUGGCAAGAUUUUUGCUUGAGCGUGGUGUCGAGGAUUACGUGCCCAGCGGUGUCGCGCAUGUUGAGCACUGCAUGAGGUGCCGUGUUGAUCUUGAGACUUUGAGGUUUAGGACCUUGAUGGGGUAA